GACAGGAAAAUCCAUAUCCAUUAUGCAUCAUAGAUUCAUUCAUCAAUCAAUUGAUGUGAAUUUUUUAUUAUCUGUUUACGCGUUUUCAACACACCAGUGCGAUUUUUUUUCCUUUUUAACCACAUAAACACAAAUAACUUUUGUUCAGAUUCAACCAAAACCAUGAAUGAUAAACAUCAACGACAGGAUCGACUUUCAAUAUCAUGUAUGAAUCCUGUGUUCAAAUCAAUACCUGCCAAAAAUGAUGAACAAUUAGAAUCACCGAAAAUAAAUGAAAUUUCGAUUGCAUGGAAAAAUCUAAAUUAUGAAGUUGCCGACAACUGGUUAAGUUUGGAUUGUUGUGGUGAUCGUAAAAUUAUCAUUAAUCGUUCGAAUGGCCAUCUACGUUGCAAUAGUUUGAAUGGAUUCCUUGGUCCAAGUGGUGCAGGCAAAACCACACUGCUUAACUGUCUAAAUGGUACCUUUUAUUCGUGCUUGAGUGAAGAUUCGGAAAUUCAUCUUGAAAAAUCAUCAAAUCGUUCGAUUCGUUUUAUUGAACAACAUGUUCAUGAAACAAUUAUUGGCCGUAUGACUGUUCGACAAAUAUUAUACUAUGCAUUUCGUUUUAAAAAUCCAGGCCAGAAAAAUAAAUUCUUCCAGCAUACACAAGCUGUUUUGAAAGAAUUACUGUUAGAUGAAACGAUAUUGGAUAAUCCAUUCGAAAAUUGUUCCGGUGGUGAACAACGUCGUGUGGCCAUUGCUCAAGAAUUAAUGUCGUUGAAAAAACCAACAUUUUUAUUUAUCGAUGAACCGACUACUGGUCUGGAUAGUCAUGCAGCAUUAUUGGUUAUGCAAUGUCUUCGACGAUUAUUAAUCAAAAAUCGAAUGACAAUUCUAUGUUCCAUUCAUGCACCCAGCUCAGAGAUAAUGACCUUAUUUGACAAACUAUAUAUUCUAGCUAAAGGUGGUGUUUGUAUCUAUUCGGAUUCACCAGAUAAUCUCCGCCAAAAGCUCGAAAAAACAAUUGUUGAUGCCGAAAUUUUAAGAAUGCUUGAAAAUCUUGAACAACCUCCUAUUGAAGUUUAUCUUAAAAUUGCUUGUCUAGGCAUUAACGAUAAGAGUGUGCGAAUGCUGGCCAAUAAAACUUUGCUUGAAGAACAAGGGCAAUUACAAAAGGAAAAUGAAAAAGUUUCAUUAGAAAAAUUACAAUUUAUGCAAAAAGGUGUUCAAAAUGGCCGAAAAAAUUUCUCAAUUUUGGAUUUUUAUCUGCAAAUAUGUCGAAUGUUUUAUAUCGUGUUUGUUGCCGAGCGUAGAAAGUUAUUUUUUCAAGCAAUAUUUUAUACAAUCAUUUUUCUAGUUACUGCAACAUUGUUUGAUCACCGUAUUGUUCAAGCAGACACUUGUUAUCCAUUGAAUAUGGAUGAAGAAUCGAUGCAUAAUUUUACUUGUCGUGAUCGACUAGGGGCUCAAUCUUUUAGCGAUGAAUACAAGAUUUAUCAAGGAUAUUCACUUACAAUAAUUGGUUUGAGUAUUAUAUGCAUAUCGAGCAUUUCAUUCAUACCAAUUUUGAAAGUUUUCAAAAAUGAACACCACAAUCAAUGGUAUAGUAUGGGAGUUUUCUAUUCGUCAUUCAUUAUUGUUCGAUUUAUUGAAAUAAGCAUAAUGGCUGUUUAUAUGACUGCAUCAAUCUAUUUCUUUGUCGACCACAGCUAUGUCGAUGAUCAUCACUUAAAUUGGUCGAGAUUUGGAAAUUUUUUAUAUUUUAUAUGGAUAUAUGCCAUAUAUCUGCAAAGUUUUGGACAUCUGUUUAGCUUAAUAUCACUGGGAUAUAUAGAAGUUGCUAUCCUUUGUGGCCUAACAAUUGUCAACACUAUGCAAUUCUGUCUCGGUUAUAUGUUUACUUUCAAUGAUAAUAACACAAUACUUAAAAUUAUGUCGAUUUUUUUGCCAGUUAAACCAAUAGCAAGCGGGUUGAUUUAUGCUUUUUAUGGUAUAGAUCGAUGUGAUAAAGAGAUGGAAAUAUCAUUUGUUUUAGAAGAUUUCGGUGUCGACCCAUUGACAGUAUAUAAUGAUGUUCAAAAAACGCUUGCCAUGAUUGCUUAUAUUCGUUUGAUAACAUUUCUGAUAAUGAUUCUACGUUUCAGCAUACGAAUACAUCGAAAGACAUUCACCCAAUCGUCUGAUGCCGAUUUAAAACCUAUAAAUUAUUCGGAAAUUUUUGAAUUACCUAAAAAAAUUGAAAUUGAUAUGGAUCGAAUAUCUCGUACUAAACAUGAUGAUGAAAUCGAAUUCGAAAAUUUUUCACGUGAAAAAAUUAUGAUUGCAUGGCGAUCGGUUACAUUAUUUGCAUCACAAUCCAUGCGAGAAAUUCGUUCAAUUCAGAAUAUUCAGAAAUCGAAAUUAAUUCUUCGUGAUUUAAACGGACAAUUUCGAUUCAGCACAUUGAAUGCAUUGAUGGGACCAUCUGGCGCAGGAAAAACAUCACUGUUAAAAGUGUUGAAUGGUCGAUCGAAAACUCGAUUGAAUGUUGAGAGUAAAUUUUAUCUGAGUAAAUUUACACCAACAAAAACAUGUUAUAUUACACAAGAAGUUUCAGGCCAUUUGAUGCCCGGAAUGACAGCAAAACAAUUAUUGAUUUUUGCUUCACGGCUGAAAAAUGUAUCCGAAGAAGGACAAGUCGAUCAUGAAAGUAUUGCGUUAAACAUCCUGAAUGAAUUAGAUCUUCAAGAGGCAAGGGAUACGAUGGUCGACCGAUGUUCCGGCGGUGAGCGUAAACGUCUAGCUUUAGGCAUUGAAUUAACAGCGCUACGAAUGCCGAAUUUGAUUUGUAUUGAUGAACCUACAAGUGGAUUGGAUUCAAAUUCAUCCGUAGUUGUUACAGAUUGCUUACGUAAAUUAGCACGUUUACAUAAUCUUUGCAUUAUUACUUCUAUUCAUCAACCGAAUACCGAUGUAUUAAUGAUGUUUGAUGAUGUAUAUGUCUUAGCCAAAGGUGGUGUUUGUGUCUAUGCUGGUCAUCCAAAUGAAAUACGACAACAUUUAUCACAAUGUUCAACCAGCAAUGAUAUUCAUAAAAAUUCAUUUCCUAUUGAAGAAUUGAUAAAAUAUUCUUGUCUUGAUCACACUGAUUAUCAAGUAAAAAAUCUUGUAAAAGCAACAAAGACAAAAAUUAUUGAAGAUAUUAGUUACAGCCUGAAUGACGAGACACAAUUAGUCUUGGAUGGCAUACCAAAUAAUCGUGUUCGAUUUUCAUUACAUUCGAUCUGGAUAUUAAUAAUUCGUUAUUGUUAUUUUAUUCGCGGAUUUCAAUGGAUACUUUUAUCAAUCUUUCCAUUAUGUAUAAUGCUUGAUGGUUUAAUUAUGGGCCUAAUAUUUGAUCCAAAAAUCGCUUUAGUGACCGGUUGCAUAAAUCUGGAAGAUGAUUUUAAUAAUACGUGCGCCCGUACUGAACAACAACGAACAGAUGAUUCGGAUUUACGAACAAAUUAUACCUAUACAAUUACCCAUGCGAACAUGUUUCUCGGUCUGAUUAUUCUUCAGAGUGCAUUAAUGUGUUCGAAAGAUUUCAUUUAUUUUCGUAAUGAACAUCGUAAUGGUUGGUAUAGCACUGGUGCAUUUUAUGUGAUGAAAAUGACAAUUGAAAUAUGGCCCUUGUUGUUUUCAUGUUUUCUCUUUGCUUAUCAAAUCAAUAUCUAUGAAGUUAUCCGUCCAAAUAUCUUCUAUUGGAUCGUCGGCUUAUUCAUAUUAGGUGCAAUGUCUUUACAAGGUGUCGGCUAUUUAUUAGCAAUUUUAGCUUCUGGUGAUUUUACUACACUCAUUGCUUAUUUUGUUGGCUUUAGUUGUGUUUCCGCAUUGCUUAGCAAUUCAGUAACACCGAUACACCGUCUUCAUUAUAUUUACGGAUUUUUAUCAAAAUUUUUACCAGCUCGUUUUGUAUUUGAAGCUUUGAUUUUAUUACAAUAUGGAUUUGGUCGUUGUGAACGAAAACAAUUGCAAGUUAUAUUGUACAAAUUACAUCUGACACAUGAUCAAGAUGAUCUAACUUUCUGUAUUUUAAUGCUGAUUUUCAAUAUAAUCGUUUAUCGUUUGAUAGCAUUUUUAGUUUUAUGGAUCACAUCUAAUCCAUAUCAGAAUCGACGAAGUCGUGCCGAUCGUAUAUUGAAUCAUCAUAAAACAUUAGCACCAUCAAAUGCAACAAUACCGGGACUGUCUUGUCAUCAAGAAUUCACUAUUCAUCGAAUAGCCAUCUAAGCAUUAAAAUAUUUGUAAUUUGACAAUAAAAUUUUAUUAUUAAUGAAAAAUAA